GAAGCAGACACUUUCCUCAACUCGUUUACGACCAUACUUUAGUUUUCUCUCAUCAUGUCGGAGUCCGAUGGCAAUACUGGUUUCAUGAGUUGUCAAUUGAAAUUGGAUACCAGCACCCCUGGAUGGCAUAAGACCAUGACCAAAGUUUUGAGCAAAAUCAAGGGGUUGUCUUACACCAUUGAUGCACAAGCCGGGAUUGCGCAUGUUUCGGGCACAAUCGAGCCGGACGCCCUUCUCAAGUUAUUAUCAAAAUCAGGGAAGCAUGCCGAGCUGCUUAGGAUUGACUCAGGAUACAAGCAUCAGUUCUACACGGCAAAGCCUGUUGCUAAUUACAGAAAUGGACAGGGUUAUGGGCAGGGUUAUGGGCAGGGUUAUUAUAAUAAUCAUGAUUAUGGAUAUUAUAAUCCCAAUGGAACAGGUAAUUCCUACCAUAUAGCAACAGAUCCCUACCAUCAUCAGCGGUACUACCCUAAUUACUAUGAUCAGACGGCGCAACCCCUCAGUUUUCCACAACCACCGCCGCGGAUGGAGAUUCACCCUUUUUAUGAUCCGGACACCCAAUGCACCAUCAUGUGAUCAUCUAUAGAAAUUAAAAUGCCAUGGAUUUAGGGUUGGCGUUUUAAUAUUACAUAUAUGAAUCCCACUACAUAUAAAAUGUGGGUUAUGAAGUUUGGUUUUUCCCUUCUUCUCCAAUAUUUGGGAGUUGU